UUCUGAAUCGUCAAGAUUCUAUUGAAAUAAAAUUCAUUGAAGGAAAAAACACUUUUUGUUUGUUCAUAAUUAGUGGUAUCUCUAAUACAUCACAAACAAAAUAUAAUUUCAAUAACCAUUUUUUUUUCUUUUUAUCAAUAACCUUGGAUAUGUUCAAUGAUUUACAUCGAGUAUUCCAAUUUUCAUUAUAUUAAUAAAAAUACAUUCCAAGUAAAGAAUGAUGAAAAUUUUAUAACACGUUUCGAUCAUCAAACCACUCUCGUGAAGGCCAUCGUGUAAUACCAUACCACCUGUCCCCUUAAUGACGUAUUAAGAACAUGCUUAUUCCAAUAAUUAAAUGCCUCAAUAGACAAAAAAGGCAUCUAAUUAAAUAUAUUUUAUUAAAAAGAAUGGUGAUUAUGGUGGAAUUAUCUCCUUAAGAAGUAAGCAAAUCAAACACAUGUUAACUAGAUAUUGGCUUUGUAGUGUCUUUCAAGCUUAAAGAAUUAGCCACCCACUUAAUAAUUAAUUGUAAUUAUAUAUAAUAAGAGAGUGCUUUAAAGGCUUUUGGUACAUAGUGUCUAGACGCAUAAACCCCUAUGUUAUACGUGUCCCUAGCCAAAUAAGUACAUGUCAUCAAAAGUCUUGACAAAAUUUUCCAUUCCUUGAUUGCCCUUGUUUUAGUUUUGAUUUUUUGAACAUGUUCUAUGUUUAUCUUUCGACGAAACUAGACGUGUAUAUUGGGAUAUUUUUACUUAUUUUGUUCGGUUCGAUUAUAGUGUAGAUAAUAUAGUCCACGUCUCUAUAGUAGAUAAUUCAUGACGUUAUAGCGAAAAAGAGAUAUUACACUACAAUUUUGGAUAAAUUUUGAGUUGAAUGAAAGCUUUUCCAUCUGAUAAGUACGGUAUAUUCAAUUUGUCAUGUCCAAUCAAAUUUUUGAUGAUUCCAUCGUUUUAUGAUUGAGUUUUCAGUCAAACUCUUCCUAUUUUAAGAAUAUCUUUUUAACUAUGAAAUAAUUGGAAGUUUCUCUACGAGAAAUACAAGUUCAAUAAAUAACAGCAAUAUACACAUAAACACGAUAUAUUUGGAGAGAAGGGGGAACAUCUUUUAUCUAGUUAGCUCUGAUUUCGGAAGUUCCUGUAUUUGUUCUCGUAUUUUUCCUACAAGUUUAGUGAACAAACGGGUGGACAACAUCAUAUGCCCAAGAAUUGAAGAAGGGUAUUUUUGUAACUUGCAAAUUAAGUAGUAUCUAGAGCUAAUCUUUGAAUUAUGUGAUGAUAGGAUAUUGAUAGAUUAAUUGAUAGUGACAUAAAUUUGAGUUUCGGAAUGGAGCAAUUAAGGUUAGACUUCAAGUAUAAAUAUGCAAUAGACACCAACACAUAAUGUCAGGGAAUUCUUAGGAAAAAACCCUUCUUAGUAUUAGUUUCUGCUAAGAAAAACAAAUAAUAUUGUUUUAUUUUAUUUUAUUUUUAUUUUUGGCUUUUAUGUCUUGUGGAGUUAUGGCACAACAUAUGGGAUGGGGAGCCAUGGAAGAAGGGUGGAGAAAGGGCCCUUGGACUGCUGAAGAAGAUAGAUUGCUCAUCGAAUAUGUCAAAUUGCAUGGUGAAGGAAGGUGGAACAAUGUGUCUAGGCUUGCAGGAUUGAAAAGAAAUGGAAAGAGCUGCAGAUUAAGAUGGGUGAAUUACUUGAGGCCAGACCUUAAGAGGGGGCAAAUAACCCCACAUGAAAAGAGUAUAAUUCUCGAGCUACAUGCUAAAUGGGGAAACAGGUGGUCAACGAUUGCUAGAAGCCUGCCAGGAAGAACUGAUAAUGAAAUCAAGAACUAUUGGAGGACUCAUUUCAAGAAAAAGGGGAAACCCACCUCGGAAAACGAGGAAAAAUCCCGUCUCCGGCUUCUGAAGAGGCAACAGUUUCAGCUACAACAACAACAAUACCAGCUGCAGCAGCAACAACAAGAAGAUGAAAUGAACAUGAAGAAGAUAAUCUCAAUGCUUGAUGAGAAUGAUGACAACAAUGGACUGCCAAAUUUCCCUCAAAUGAGACAAGAAAUAAUUUACCCGAACACUAACGACGAGUCGGGCUUCUUUUAUUCGAUGAUUAAUGGCUAUGCAACCAUGCUAGAGACCUCAAAUGAGGAUAUCAUGUGGGGUGGCUUGUGGAACUUGGAUGAUUGCUAUGGAAAUUUUCCAGCUGGGAAUGCAAUAAACAGAGCUAUUUAACCAGCAUAUUUUAGCCAAGAAUUUCUAUUGAACUUCCAAUGUAUGCUUAAGCACUGGAUGAUUGAGAACCAAAAAAGGUUUUUCAAUUUAGAGAUUAUGAUUUUUCUGCUUUUUUCUGUUUUUGCUUCCUCCUUUUUGUUAGUCCCUUAAGGCAUCUAGAAUGAUCAUGUUACAUUUUCUGCUGCUAUUAGGCUGGUUCAAUCUUGUGUCCAAAAAAGUUUGGAACGCAUGACAAAUUGACAAGCUCAAUAAAAUUUCAGAGAAACCAGCUUUUUUGCUGUAGAUUGUAAAUUUGCCCGUUCUAUUUUUUCUUUGGAAAAUGGAACAGGAUACUAGUACUAGAUAAUGACUACUGACUCUAAUUUUUAUUU